GCAUUUUAGCUUAGGUAUUGGAGAAUUAAAGGGUGAUAUUACCGGCCAGCCUGCUAGCUGCGAGAAAUUGUAUAUAUCUCUAUGUGCAAACCACUGAUUAAACCCUAAAAGAGAAAGCAAAGCCAUCUGCAAUGGCAGACCUUCUUGUAGAACAACCCCGAGAAAUCACCAUAUCUAAAACCUUCCCUGCAAAACCAAAGCUAAAACCCAAAGCUAAAACCCCAUCGAAAACCCCUGAAUCCAAAUACUGGUCCUCCUUCAAAUCCCACCAAAUUUCAAACCUCAUCUCCUCCAUCCCUUCCAUUGAUUUCUCACCCAUAUCCCCACAUCAAUUUGCCGCCACCAAUUCCGCCUCCCUCACUCUCUUUUCCUCCCAAACACUCUCUCCCACAUCCACCAUUUCCUUCUCCGAUGUUGUCACCUCCUGCUCUUUCCGCUGCGACGGCUCCCUGAUCGCUGCCUCCGAUCUCUCCGGCCUUAUUCGGGUAUUCGAUGUGAAGACACGAACCCCUCUUCGUCGCCUGAAGUCCCACGUGCGCCCUGUUCGUUUUGUUAAGUACCCGUUACUCGAUAAACUACAUUUGGUGUCUGGUGGUGAUGAUUCUGUUGUUAAAUACUGGGAUGUUGCUGGAGAGAGUGUGGUUUCGGACUUGUAUGGUCACAGGGACUAUGCGAGGUGUGGUGAUUGCUCUCCGAUUAAUGGAGAGAUAUUUGUUACUGGGUCUUAUGAUCACACGGUAAAGCUGUGGGAUGUGAGGGUUGAUAGUAAGGAAUCAGUUAUCGAAGUGAAUCAUGGAAAGCCAGUUGAGGAUGUGAUUUUUUUGCCCUCAGGCGGAAUGGUUGCGACUGCAGGAGGGAAUAGUUUGAAGAUAUGGGAUUUGAUUGGAGGAGGGAAGAUGCUUUAUUCGAUGGAGAGUCAUAACAAGACUGUUACUUCUAUUUGUGUAGGGAAAGUAGGGAAAGAGAGUGGAGAGGAGGCUUUGCAGUAUAGGAUUUUGAGUGUGGCUUUAGAUGGCUAUAUGAAGGUUUUUGAUUAUGCAAAAAUGAAGGUUACUCAUUCCAUGAGGUUUCCUGCCCCGCUUAUGUCCAUUGGGUUUUCUCCGGAUUGUAUGACUAGAGUCAUUGGGUCUUCCAAUGGGAUUAUAUUUGCUGGGAGGAGAAAAGGAAAGGAGGAUGUGGGAGAGAGUAAAUCAGGGAAUUUUUGGGCUCUAGGCAGUGUAGAGGAACCACAGAGGCGGGCUUUGAGGCCAACAUAUUUUAGGUAUUUUCAUAGGAGUCAAGGUGAGAAGCCAAAUGAGGGGGAUCAUUUGAUAAUGAGGCCAAAGAAGGUGAAAUUGUCGGAGCAUGAUAAGUUGUUGAAGAAGUUUAGGCAUAAAGAAGCGCUGGUCUCAGUUUUGAGUGGGAAGAAUCCAGAGAAUGUGGUGGCUGUGAUGGAGGAAAUGGUGGCAAGGAGGAAGUUAUUGAAAUGUGUUGUGAAUUUGGAUGAGGAGGAGCUUGGGUUGUUGUUGGGUUUCUUGCAUAAGCACUCAACUAUGCCAAGGCAUUCAGGUUUAUUGAUGGGGUUGACUAAAAAGGUACUUGAAAUGCGGGCUGAUGAUAUUAGAGCUUCUGAUGCUUUGAAAAGUCAUAUUAGAAACCUUAAAAGGUCAGUUGAAGAGGAGAUCAGAAUUCAACAUUCACUACAAGAGAUACAGGGUAUAAUUUCUCCUUUAUUGAGAAUUGCCGGGAGAAGAUAGAACUUAAAUUGGGUUAUCUUUAGUGUUGUGAUAUUGCUGACACCUUGGCUUGGGUUGUCAUUAGAGAAGUUUUGUAAUUUUGCGCCAUUUAUGUUCUUAUUCAAAAAAUUCUUCUCAAAUUUUCAAAUUAGCACCCUUGUUUUAAUGGCGAUGGUGUUCUUGCUCUGAUUGUAACUGCAACACGAGAUGGUGUUUAUCCAUUUUGUAUUGAAUGUCUUUCCCGCUACAUAUCUGCAGGAGAGGUGACGAAAAAACUGUGUUUCAUUCUAAAUUUAAUAUUGAAGGUUCUUUCAGUCAUGGAACUACCUCAAUCUGUA